GUCACAGAGGGAAGCCGGCGGGACGCUGACGGAGUCUGACAGCCCUUCUGUGGGUGGAGCUACGGGUGCCCCGAGUCACAGGGUGCUUUGGGUCUGCCACAGUGGGCGAGGAAAUGGAGUCAGCAGACAGGACUCCGUAAGACAGUCUUCCCUCAGCACCCACAGAGACCUGGAGCCAGCUUUCCUUACAGACGCCAAGACUCCUUCCAUGAUCUCAAGGAGUCAGUGAAAGAAAGCCUCUCUUAGCCUCAGGUUUGGGUACCUAGGGACCCUCCAUUCCCCAUAUCCAGGAAAAUGUGAUGAGCUACAGGUUUCAGCUUCUAGAUCACCACUUAACGUUCUAGCUACAAGUGGAAAAUCCAAGGGCAGCAAGGUCCAUCAGAAAGGAUGUCUGAAGAAAUGGCAGACCAAAGAGAAGAAGCUGGGGAAAAAGAGGCAUGCAGAGACCAGAUCAAAGAAUCCGACAAAGAAGAGGAACCACCAGCUGCUUCGUCCCAUGGCCAGGAGUGGCGUCCAGGUGGCAAAGCACCUAGGAACCCAAAGCCUGAACCCGGGGCCAGACCCCCUGCACUCCCUGUCAUGGUCAAUGACCCACCAGUACCUGCCUUACUGUGGGCCCAGGAGAUGGGCCACGUCAUGGCAGGCCGUGCCCGCAAGCUGCUACUGCAGUUUGGAGUGUUCUUCUGUACCAUCCUUCUCCUGCUCUGGGUGUCUGUCUUCCUCUAUGGCUCCUUCUACUAUUCUUAUAUGCCGACAGUCAGCCACCUCAGCCCCGUGCAUUUCCACUACAGGACGGACUGCGAAUCCUCCACCUCCUUACUCUGCUCCUUCCCUGUUGCCAAUGUCACACUGGCUAAGGGUGGACGUGAUCGGGUACUGAUGUAUGGACAGCCGUACCGCGUUACCUUAGAACUUGAGCUGCCAGAGUCUCCUGUGAAUCAAGAUUUGGGCAUGUUCUUGGUCACCAUCUCAUGCUACACCAGAGGCGGCCGAAUCAUCUCCACCUCUUCACGCUCCGUGAUGCUACAUUACCGCUCAAGCCUGCUCCAGAUGCUCGACACGCUGGUCUUCUCGAGCCUCCUGCUGUUUGGCUUUGCGGAGCAGAAGCAGCUCUUGGAGGUGGAGCUAUACCCAGAAUACAGAGAGAACUCGUACGUGCCGACCACCGGAGCCAUUAUCGAGAUCCACAGCAAGCGCAUCCAGAUGUACGGAGCCUACCUCCGCAUCCACGCCCACUUCACUGGGCUCAGGUACCUGCUGUACAACUUCCCGAUGACCUGCGCCUUCGUUGGUGUCGCCAGCAACUUCACCUUCCUCAGCGUCAUUGUGCUCUUCAGCUACAUGCAGUGGGUGUGGGGGGGCAUCUGGCCCCGACAGCGCCUCUCUUUGCAGGUAAACAUCCGAAACCGAAAACGUUCCCGCAAGGACGUCCAGCGAAAGGUCUCUGCCCCUCAGCCAGGAGGCACAGGGCCCCAAGGCCAGGAGGAGACCCCCCAGCUGUCACCUGUUACAGAGGACGGUGAGAGCCAUGCGGAUCCCUCCAGGACAGAAGGCCAGCUGUCUGAGGAGGAGAAAACAGAUCAACAGCCCCUGAGUGGCGAGGAGGAGCUGGAGCCCGAGGCCAGUGAUGGAUUUGAUUUUCUCUCCCCUGGCCCAGGUUCAGGCUCCUGGGAAGAUGCAGCUCUGCUGACGGAGGCCAACCUGGCUGCCUCUGGCUCUGCCCCUGCCCCAGAGACCGUGGGCAGCUCAGAGCCCUCUGCGGGCUCUGUCCGACAGCGCCCCAUCUGCUCCAGCUCCUGAAGCGAGUAGGGCCGAGUCCCCACAUUCUGGCCCUUUCCCACCUGCUCCCUUUCUCUCUCUGGGGCUCCCCCAAUAAUAAACUAUUUUCGUGCCAGCUGCC